AUGGAGUCGAACCUACAACACGAAGAUUUACUUAUAAAAUUACGAGCAAAACUCAACGAACAGAAAAUUAAAUUAUGGGAAUCGCCGUAUAUUCUCCCUGAUAAUGGAAUAUCAGAAAGUUUGCAGGAUUUAGCUAAACAAUAUGCCACUGAACUAUCGCUUGACACAGACACUGUUCUCCAAGCUUUACAUGAGCUUCAACUGCACUCAGUUGAUCGUUCUAAAGCUAAUGCCGAGUUCAAGGAGACCGGAUGUGCUACCCUCAGAAUCAAAGCGACAAUGCCCGGAGAGAAACCUCAUAUGAUCAAAGUGCAAAAAAAGCUUGAUAUCUUAGGCAGUGAGCUAAUCAAAGUUGUAGCAGAUGAAAUUGGUGUUACUGACAACCGAGUAAAGUUAAUAUUCAAUGGUAAAAUAAUUAUCACAGCACAAAAUCUAGAAGACCAAGGAGUUAAAAAUGGAGCUCAAAUAAUGGCACUGGUCAUGGCAGAGACUCCUGAACAAGUAAAGAAAGAGGACACCAUGUACAUGGAGAUGAAAACGACACGUGAUGACGCCAUGCUGCUGUCUGAAUAUGUUGAUGACCUUGGUGAUGAUGAUGAGUAUAUGAAACUCGAGGAUCAGUCCGGCAAGACUGUAGAACUGCCAGCGAGCGAGCGCCGAGCGCUGAUGGUUGGUCUGGCGCUGCACGAGCGAGGCCGCGCCGCCGCCAAACAGAGGGACUACUCGCUGGCGCUGCUGCUACUGCUGGAAGCUGAUAAACAUUUUAGUGAGUGCAGUUCGUCUAUCCUGAAGUCGGUGGACAACUGGGCGGUCCUGCAGCUGGAUAUAGCGUGGUGCUACCUCUGCCUGCAGAGUCUCUCGUCCGCUGCGGACGCGGCCGCCCGGCUAACGCGCGCUGAGGACGCCUUCAGGAACACCUACGGGGAACACCACCAGAGGCUGAUCGCGCUCAAGGGGACCGCGGCGAACGAACGCGUAUUAUUCAUGCGAUUGUACCUGUUGCAAGGAAUAGUGGCUUACCACCAGAACAAGAGGGCUGAAGCAAAACUGCUUCUGGACAAAGCCGAACAUGAAAUGAACUUUUUGAGGGUGGACGAGGUGUCUGUGUCCGCGCUGGUGGAGCUCGGUUGGUCGGAGGUGCAGGCACGCGCGGGGCUGCGCGCGGUGGGGGGGGACCCGCACGCCGCCCACCACCACCUCGCCGACACGGCGCAGCGGCGGCGCGACGCCAGGGAGCAGCACAAGCUAAACAGACGCCGCCGUCAGCUGGGCGUGUGCGUGGACGGCAGCGAGGUGAAGCAGCAGCUGGUGGAGGGGCUGGUGGGGAUGGGGUACCCGCGGCGGCUCGCCACCAUGGCGCUCAGGAACUCCAACAAUCACGUCGCGGACGCGGUCAGGCUCAUACAGGAACAACCAGAGAUGUUGGAGGACAGUGAUCUAUCUUCCGAUGACACGCAAAGUCCUAGUUCGGAUGAAUCGGUAUUAGAGCCAGACGAGAAGCUCGUCACCCAAUUAGCAGCAAUGGGUUACGAGUGUGAAGAAGCUAAGACAGCGCUACGAGUGUCGCGUAACAACGUGGACGCGGCGCUGGACUUGCUGAUAGCGGGCGGUGGACAUGUCACUGAGGAAGACCCAGCAAAUCCGUCCACCAGUUCAGGGGCAGCCGCUAAAAAGAAACAGAAGAGACACAGGAAAGAUAAAAAGUUAAAUUCUUUAUUAUCUAGUAAACGUCAUUAUCAUAGUUUUCUUGGUUCUGUCUCAGCUCUUAUAUUUUUUUUUGGACACUUCUCGAUCCGAAAGGAAAAAAGAGCGCGAGCAAGCACUGAACAGGCUUACCUCCGCGAUCCGGACGGAGGACGACGAUCACCUCGACACUUCACUGGUGGAGGAAGAACAGUUCCUCGCUCAGUACAAGGCGCUUCUCUGAACAGGUGCCAAUUUGGACCUUAUUACAACUGA